UGGUUGGUGUCGCCCCCCGCGACACCCCCGCCUCCCGGGCCGUGUGUGGCGUGUCCCUGCCGGGGCCGGGGUGCCCCAGUGGCCAUGGGGGCGCGGGGAGGGCCCUUGGGUUGGGUUUGGGUAUUUUUCGGUCCGGAGCGUUCUGUGCGUUUCUUCCCUGGUCCGAACAGUGAGUGACAUUUUUCCGCAGCUUCAUCGCACCUUCGUGUCUGGUGCCGUCCCACACUUCGUUUCUUGCCUUAACUUUCUCUUCUCUUUUUGUCUUAAUUAUUUUGUUCUUUUAGACAAUCCCCUGAUGAGUAAGUAUGUAAAACAAUGGUAACUGUAUAUUUUUUUUUAGAAAAGAUGAAAAAGCAAUCUCGGCAAUUACAUGGUUUAAAUCUGACCUAUUGAGAAGUUAACUUCAGAGCAAAGUUGUAAGAGUUAUUAAAGCAUAGGAAAGAAAAAAAUGAAAAUUUAAGAUGGUACAACAUAGGCUUUGCCAAAGCUAGAUCAAGCCAAAGAGGGAGAACCUUAUGGUGGGAUGCGCUUUGUGGUUCUGCUUAGAUGUCUCUGUAGACAGAUUUAACACGCAGUUUGGCUGCCAGAAUUGUCCUAUUCAUAGUGAAGAAUGUCUGAAAAACAUAAAUGAGCUGAAUAUGGUAGGUUUUUCAUGGGAAGAGUAAGAAGUCCAUUUGAACUAAUGGCACUUCCACUGAAAAAGUAUAGAACAACAAUGGACCGAUGUUGAUGAAAGUACUUCAGCGUUGGUUGUUGGUUUUUUCAAGCAAAAAAGCCAAUUUUUUUUCACCCAGUUUAUUCGCAAGAAGAGAUGAAUUCUUUGUGUUGAAGAAUUGCUGCUCUUCUGUGAUUCAUUCAUGAUGUAGGCAUCUGGGGGAAGUCAGUGUGGGUGCAUUUUAGAGGCUUGAGGAUGGUUCCUCUGAAGUUGUCAGACUGUUAACAAUGGAGAAAUCUAUAUGUAUUUGCUUACGAUUAUUCCUCUACAAUUCAUUAUUAAAUUACUUAUUAAGUGACAUCUGUUUCUGUGGUUUUGACAUUAAAAAAAUAAAAACUAAUUGCAAGUAUUUUGCCUUUAUAUCAGAGAUUUAUUUUGAUCAUCAAAUUCAAUAUCUACCUGUCUUGAUAAAUUCUGCUUGAAUUUUGAGGCUUGUCAGCAUCAAUUUUCAGCAGAGCAAGUUAUCUUGAGUCUUGAAAAGACAACUGAAUUUAUUAGGCUUUAUCUCAGAAACCUGGAUGUUGUCUUCACGCUUUGAUUUUUUUAUCAUCUAGCAUGUUUUCCUUCAGGGAAUCUCAGUAUUUGUAAUGCAUGUAAUUAUCUUCAAGAUGUACGAGUGUACUGGCAUGCUUACUUUCUUCAGGCAUACAAAAAGAUUGGAGUCAACAAGAUAAAAAAAAGCUUUGUGAUUAACUGCAUGUGGGAUGUGUAGCUUCACUUUCAUUCUGAUUUAGGAAGCUGGGGGCUGAUUAUUCAGGUGGUUAUCAGCUAAAGAUAUCAGGAGCAGGCUAUAUUGUAGAGUGCUCAGAGGAUAAUGAACAUAGUGUUUAUAGAUGAAGGUAAAAGCUCUUAUGAAACUGAUGUAGGUUAAGAAGGAAAAAAAUAGAGCUUUUUGGCACUUGCGUUGUUUUACAAAGAUUUUUUGGGUCCUAAACUAUCUGAAAUGUUAAGAAGCUGUGAAUUGGGAGUGAGGAAUACCUACCCUGCAGGUGAAUGUCUGUAUGCUGCUCUACCUGACACAUAAGCUACUCAAAUGCCCAUGUUGCUUUGUGCUGUGGUGGAUUGACCCUCCAGUGUCCAUUUUUCUCCUUGAAUAUUUGUGAAUUUCAAGCUCAAGAUGGCUCAGAAGAGGAGCUCAAGUGGGCGGUCAUUCCCACUGCUGCUGCUGCUUAUUGUUGUGGCUUUUGUCCAUUUAACUGUCUGUCCUUUCACAAAAGUGGAGGAAAGCUUUAACCUACAAGCUAUCCAUGACGUGGUGUACCACCAGCUGGACUUGGAUAAGUAUGACCAUCAUGAAUUUCCAGGAGUUGUCCCAAGAACGUUCCUUGGACCAAUUUUUAUUGCUGCCCUUUCCAGCCCAGCUAUAUAUGUACUUUCUGUGCUAAAAAUGUCCAAGUUUUACUCCCAACUGAUAGUCCGAGGAAGCUUGGGGCUCAGUGUGAUUUACACGUUAUGGAAGCUGCAGAAAGAAGUUAGAAAACAGUUUGGAGCAACUACAGCAUCAAUCUUCUGUCUCAUCACUGUUACUCAGUUUCAUUUGAUGUUUUACUGUACACGAACCCUCCCUAAUGUGUUUGCGCUUCCUUUUGUGCUCCUGGCAUUGACAUUUUGGAUACAGCAAAAGCAAAGGCCAUUCAUUUGGUUCUCAGCUUUGGCAAUUAUAGUCUUCAGAUCAGAGCUCUGCAUAUUCUUAGGCCUCAUGCUCCUGGUGACUUUAUUAACUAAAAGAAUCUCCAUUUUCAAGGUGCUUUCCCAUGCUGUUCCUGCUGGAAUUUUUUGGCUGGGGCUAACAGUUGCUGUGGAUUCUCUAUUUUGGAGGCAACUUGUGUGGCCUGAGGGGAAAGUGCUCUGGUAUAACAUAGUUUUAAACAAAAGUUCCAAUUGGGGAACCUCUCCCUUCCUGUGGUAUUUCUAUUCAGCCCUGCCUCGUGCUUUGGGAUGCAGCAUUGUAUUUGUGCCUUUAGGUGUAACAGAAAAGAGAACUCGGAUUUUACUUUUGCCAGCACUGGGCUUUAUUUUCUUGUAUUCAUUUCUCCCACACAAAGAGCUGCGUUUUAUCAUAUAUACUUUCCCUGUCUUCAACGUAGUGGCUGCUAAAAUGUGCUCACGAAUUGUGAAUAACUACCGGAGAUCCUGGCUCUACAAACUUGGAUCUUUCUUUGUUAUAAUGCAUCUUCUAGUUAAUGCUGCUUAUUCAGGAACAUCUUUAUAUGUUUCACAUUUCAAUUAUCCUGGAGGAGUGGCAAUUCAGAAGUUGCAUGAGUUGGUACCUUCAACAGCAGAUGUCUCUGUUCAUAUUGAUGUGGCUGCAGCACAAACGGGAGUUUCUCGAUUUCUAGAAAUCAAUUCUGAUUGGAGGUAUGACAAAAGGGAAGAUGUUAAACCAGGAGACCAGUUGAUGUUUUCUUACACACAUAUACUGAUGGAAACAAACCCUCUUCAAAUAUCACAUUACAAGACAACCCACAGGCCACUGGCAAAUAUACCUGGCAUCAGUAAAAUUGGGUUGAACCUUACUGCACUACCUCCUUUUACUUUAAACUUGAAACCAAAAUUAGUACUGUUGGAAAAACUUCCUCUAUCAUCUUGACUGUGAAUUUUAAGUAAGUCUUUUGAUGUGAUUUUGCUGAUGACUGAACUGUAUACGACAGCAGCAAAUAGUCAUUCCAGCACUGCAACUCAGCUUCUGUGGAAAGGCACCGAAAAUCUUUGUACUAAUUGGUAUUUAGCUCUGUCUUGUUUCUUACAUAAAUAUUACAGUGCAUUCUUAGUAUAUACUCAGUAUACUGAGUUGUAUUGUUAAAUAUGUUUGAGAGAGUUACCUCCAAGUUUAGUGGUAUUAAGUAAAAACUGUCUACUUGGUUUGGGUAGCUGUCUGUUUCACAGCACAGGUAUGUCCUAAUUGUCCUAUUUAAAAUACAUAAUGGAACAGGUUUGUGCUAUGGCAAUAAUUUGAUCUGUGAUCUGUUUCUGUGUGCAAAGAUGUAUUAAUGUAUCUGCAGGAUUGUAACUCCCUCAGCUGUCAGAGUGCCUGUGUGAAACCUAAUGAUGUUAUCAACAUAGGAAAGCCAUAUUCAUUGUUAGCUUCAUCAUAAUACCUAAUAAUGCCCUGUAGGCUACCAAACUAAUUAAAGUGAAAGAUUCACUUAAAAAGCAGUUGGACCUCUUGACAAAUACUGUCUCAUAACAGAUUUGAGUAUUAAGGAUGAUUAUCUUCCAACAGAUCGUGAAAAAGCAGUAACUUUAAUUUCACAGGAAAAUGGAUUUUUAAAAUAAGGUUUCCCCUCUUCUGCUGUAAUGAUACUAUCUUAAUUUGCAGUCCAAAAAUUUACCUAUGAAAAUAUUCACUUGAAUACACUUUAAGAUGGGUGCUGUUUUCCUUUUUUUACUAAGUAAAUCCCUUUGGAAAGAAGUACUCUAAUGUGCCAUGUGCUUCAUUCUGUAAACUAGAAUAAGAUUGCAUGCUCUGUAGUCUCUUCUUUAUUAGAUAUUUUUGUUAAGGAUGUCUGCCUAGGUUGCUAAAUGGAACAAGGAAGAAAAGAAUUCUGGUUAGGCCAGUUGUAAUAUGACAAGACCUCUAUUAGUGUAAAAUAACAGAAUUGCUGAAAUUAUCAUGGGCAGAAAACUGUUCCCUGCUGAAUGAAAACUUGAGUAAAACACAAUUACGGAAUAAAGUGGUUUGGUGGGGGU